AAAAAAAAAAAAAAAAAAACCUUCAUAAAAAACGCAGUUAACUUGUUUUGUAGAAAAAGUGCUAGAAAACCACCAUGGAAAUAAUGAGAAAAUAUAAAACAAAACUCACGGAAUUGCUUUAUGUUGAUCCUGUUCCCAUUCUUCAGCUUGCUCAAAGCAAGAACAUCAUUACAGACAGAGAAUACAAAAAGAUGAAAUGCAUUUCAGAUUCUGAAAAGCAGGUCAUUGAGCUCCUGGACACGGUCAUGGGGAAGUCCAGUAAUGUAUGCCAAGACUUUCUGAAAAUCUUGAAAAAUGUCCAAGAAACCUACCCUCAAUUGGUGGAGUUAUUUUGUGAGAUUGAAGAAACCCCAUCAGCUCCCCCGAGUGUCAGCAUUGAAGCCAGGCCUGGAACUUUAGAUGAAGAGCAUGGUGUUUAUCAAAUGAGGAGCAAGCCCCGAGGCUGCUGUGUUAUAAUAAACAACAAGCAUUUUGUAAAAGCUGGGAAAGACAGAGAAGGAACAGACUUUGAUGCUGCGUAUCUGACAAAGGUCUUCAAGUGGUUGCAUUUUGAAGUAGUUCAGUACAAUGACCAGACAGCACGUGAAAUCCAUUCCACUAUGGAGAGGUAUCGCCAGCAGGACCACAGUAACAGGGACUGCUUUGUCUGCUGCAUCCUCUCCCAUGGAUCAAAGGGAACUAUUGCUGGCACAGAUGGGUGUUCUGUCCCCAUUCGGGAAAUAACCUCCUAUUUUACUGGCUUAAAAUGCCCUACUCUUGUGAAAAAGCCAAAGGUCUUUUUUAUCCAAGCUUGCCAGGGGGGUAACUACCAACAGUCUGUAAGAGUGCAGGGAGAUUGUGAAGUUCACGAACUGGAGCCUGAAGAGGAUACUGGCACCAACACCAUUCCUAAUGACUCGGAUUUCCUCCUCGGCAUGGCUACGCUGGAGGAUUAUGUAUCUUUCAGAAUCGCCGCCAAAGGCUCCUACUACAUACAGGCCCUGUGCAAGAAUCUGGAGCUUCUCUGCCCCAGGAAUUAUGACAUUUUGAGCAUCCUGACCACAGUGAACAGAGAAGUGAGUGAAGAAAGUAUUCCGGCAGCGAAGCAGAUGCCAGAGCCAAGAUAUACCCUGACGAAAAAACUCUGCUUCCCUACGUCCUGAUUGUACUGAGCUGCUCGCAACUUUCACAAAAAUCAAGAACAAAAAAAAAGCCAAAUUCUGUCCUGCCACUUUAAUCCUUGAAAAAAAAAAAAAUCAGUCAAGACAAGUGGUUUCUUCCAUAAAACCCUAUCCACAAAACCAUGUGGUUCCCAUUCACUUUAUUCAUAACCGUGUUUUCAAAACGUGAUUAUGCAUUCUGUAAGUAGUGUGAUACGGUAUAGCAUUCCUUUUUAGUGUCUUUGCUUUUGUUAAUUAGACACUGUUGUGUCAUUUGAUUCCUAGUAUUAUAUAGUUUUGUUAAAUGGGGCUUUUUACAUAAUGUAGUUUGAUUCCUUUUAUACUUUAGGCAUUCCUGUUGUUUCACUUUUGAGAGUUUUUAAAGUUGCACAUAUAUAAUAAAAAAAAGACAUUUCCUGAAAGUGUUGGUCUAAUUCCCAUAAGAGGAACAUGUAGUAUGUGGGUUAAAUAACCCUGCUUUAGCUUCCCAUCCUUUAUACAAACCAAUUGAAACAAACUACCACAAUUAGCCUUUGCACCACAGUUACCACAAAUAACCCCUGAUACAAGACUGCACAAGUUUCUUGUCUCGUAGAAAAAGGUAAGGUUAUGUAUAUUUAGCAUUUUAUAAUGCUAAAUGUACAUACGGUUCACAAUGAAAGGCAUUUUUUAAUCGUGUGUAUUUUGAUUAAUACAUUGUAGCCUAUAACAGUAAAAGGCGUAAAAUAUAUAAGUAGCUAAAGAAUGUUCUGACCUGUUUUUUUUUAUUUACACAACCAGCAGUUAACACUUCUUGUUUUACAAAUGAAAGCAUGACCUGUACAGACUUGAGUAAACGCGUUACACUGCAGGUAUCCACUUAAGGUUAUUUGAAAAAAACUAUGAGGCGCCAUUAGGGACAUAAUUCAGACUUACUUCAUACACAACACAGUGGAAUCAUAUACACUACACA